AUCAUGAGCAUCUUAUGGUUAGCUGGCCACUAUUAUAGAAGUUACAUAUUUUGCUCAUCACCUACACAAAAUAAAGCCAAAAAUUCCCAACGUAUGCUCUCUUCCCAUGGCUAUACAUAUAAUGCAGUGAUUAGAGAGAAGCCAUCAAGGGCAGGGGCAGCUAAUUAAUUAGUAGGGAAGCUUAAUGGCAAAGACAGUGGUGAUAGUCCUUGAAACAUGGGGGAUAAGGUGCAGCUUCCAUUGCUUCAUUGCCCUCCUCUUUGUCUUUGUAGUUGCCUCAGUUUAUCUUGCAGGAGAAACCGUGUGGAUGCUGGAUGAUCAGGCAAAGGUUUCAAACUCAUUGGCAAACUGCAAUCUCUUUUCCGGCAAGUGGGUUUAUGAUAACGAGUCUUACCCUCUGUACACAGAGAAAGAAUGUCCCUUCAUGUCGGAUGAGUUUGCUUGUGAGAAGUUCGGGAGAAAGGACUUGGAGUAUCAGAAGUGGAGGUGGCAACCACACCAGUGUGACCUUCCAAGAUUUAAAGCCAGUGCGCUGCUGGAGAGGCUAAGGGGGAAGAGGCUGGUGUUUGUAGGCGACUCCCUGAAUAGGGACCAGUGGGUUUCAAUGGUCUGUCUGGUCCACUCGGCCAUUCCACCAAACCGCAAGUUCAGGCUCAUCAAUGGCUCCUUGUUAACCUUCAAGGCCAUUGAAUACAAUGCCUCCAUUGAUUUCUACUGGGCGCCAUUGCUUGUGGAAUCGAACUCCGAUAACCCAGUGAGCCACCGCCUCCCAGAACGCAUCGUAAGAAUCAACUCUAUCGAGAAACACGCCAGGCACUGGACUGAUGCCGACAUUCUCGUCUUCAACUCCUACCUUUGGUGGAGAAGACCUGUCUUGAAGCUCCUGUGGGGAUCGCUGGAAAGGCCUGACAAUAUCACCAAAGAAGUAGAGAUGCUGCGAAGCUAUGAGAUGGCGCUGAGGACGUGGGCCGACUGGUUGGACAUUCAUGUCAACCGCUCCAGAACCCAGUUGUACUUCAUGACCAUGUCUCCCACUCAUCUUUGGGGUGGGGAGUGGGGGAAGGCUAGCACUGAGAACUGCUACAACGAAACACAGCCAAUUAUGAAAGAAGGGUAUUGGGGAUAUGGAUCAGAUAAGAGAAUGAUGAGAGUAGCAGAGGAAGCCAUUGAUGGACUAAGAAAGAGAGGUUUGAAGGUACAAAUGCUCGACAUAACGCAGCUUUCAGAGUACAGAAAAGAAGGCCACCCGUCCAUUUAUAGAAGGCAGUGGGUGCCUCUAACUGAAGAGCAAAAAUCAAACCCCACAAGCUAUGCUGAUUGUGUGCAUUGGUGCCUCCCUGGGGUCCCUGACGUUUGGAAUCAGAUCCUUUAUGCCUACCUUCUUUAUCUUUCAUAAUAAAUAAACUCAUUGAGUAAGGGCAGAUCAGCUUUUAAUGCUUAAUUUCGAGGCUUGUAAAAUCUUUCGAAUUUAAGAACUUGAGAGGCAACAAUUUUGCCAAAGCAAAACCAUCAUUUAUAUUUAAACACGUAUCCAUAUAUAUAUAUAUGGACUUUGUAACAAAAAAGAAACCUAAUAAAAACGAGAAUUGAUGAACACGUUGUG